AAAAAAUAAAAUAAAAUAAAAUAAAACAAGAAUGUCAAUGCUAACAAGCAGUGGGCAGGAGAGAAAAAAGAGCCAAUGAACUAAGGAAAAUAAUUACAAGCCCAGAACAAUAAUAAUAAGCAGCAACAGCAACAUGAGCAGCCUGUCAGCAGCAGCAGCAACAACAGCAACAACUGCAGCAGCACCAGCAGCAGCAGCAGCAACGUCGAGUGCUGCCACAGCAACGGGCAGCUUGGAGCCGGCUGUGGUGCCACGUACCGCCAAUUUGCUGGCAUGCAAACAAUGGUGGCGCGUCUGCUUCUUGUAUGGCGACCAGCAGAAAUAUUAUCGACAGCUCUAUAGCAAAGCGGCUGCCCAGAGACUGGCGGCCAGUGGCAGCAGCGCCAACGAGGCUAAUCAUGAAAAUGACAAUGCCAGCAGCAACAGCAGCAGCAACAACAACAACAAUAACUGCCAAUUGAGGGGAACGCGGAGCGAUGAGUACGAUACGGUUGGCUUUGGCACUGGCGAUUGCGAUUUUAUCGCAGCGCAAUUAGAUGCCGGCGAAGAUGCGGACGAUGGCAUCGAUCUGGGCGAUAGCAGCAACCACCAACAACAACAGCAACAACAGCGUUACAAAAACACAACAGCAGCAGCAACAGCCACAAGCAAUCGUCCGCUGUUUCCCGCCAAAUGUGAGACAUCGACAACGGCGCCGCGUCGCAGCAAAAAGCUGCUGCGUUCGCUGCGUGCCCAUGUCAAGGGCGAGCCCAAGCACAAGGAGCAGCAACAGCAGCAACAGCAGCAGCAACCGUUGCCGGCAGAGGAGCCUACCAAACGCAAUGCCAAGGUAACCGUGCUGGACGAUCCCUUUUUGUUCGGCAUCGAUGCGGAUCAUUUGGGCGAUCUGAUCCGUGGCAAGCACUACAAUACCACGGAUGCCACGGAGCACAUCGCCAAGUAUUACAGCAGGCAGCUGGAGCAGCAGCUGGAGUCGAGCUGCACCGCUCAGGUGCUGGAAAUAAUCGAACAGUCCGAAGAGGAGGUGCUCAAGGAGGAGGAGCCCAAGCCGGCGCUGCCACCCAAGCAGAAGCAACAGCGCGCCGCACCGCCGCCACCCGCACGCACCACUGCACCAGUUCUGCCGGCAGAAGGAGCUGAAUUGCAGCCGCUUACCGCCAACGAUCUAAAGUUUCUGAAUUUGAGCCUGCGCCAACGCAGUUUGCCGCGCAGCAUGAAGCCGUUUAAGGAUCCGCAUGAUAUUAGUUUCACUUUCAAUGAGCUCAACAGCUCCAACUGCAGCGCCACGCAGCCACCGGAAGUGGUUGUCGGCAUAACCGAAACGGACCAAGAAGCAGCAACAGCAGCAGGAGCAGCACGAACAACAGGAGCAAACGCAUGGAGCACACAGCAGGAGUCAAAUGAGCCCAUAAGUCGCACUCCACUGACGCAGAUCUCCUAUCUGCAGAAGAUACCGACGUUGCCGCGCCACUUCUCGCCCAGCCAGGCCGCGGGCCCUCUGAGCACACUCGUUGGCCUGCCCAGCAGCUCAUCGGCGGGGGCUUUGUAUGGGGCGCAGAAUGCGGGCAUGUUGCCCACAUCGCCGGUGCCGUUGCAGCGGCACCAGCAAUACUUGCCGCCGCACCACCAACAGCUGCCGAUGCUGCCGCCAACUGUUGCCCAGGCCAAGUAUACGAAUGCCCACCAACAACAGCAGCAGCAGCAACAACAACAGCUCCAGCAGCAACAUCAGCCGCAUCCGCAGCAGCAGCAUCAUCAACUGUCGCCGGCGCUGUCGACACCGUCGCCACCUUCACUGCUGCACCACCCGGCAGUCAACUGCGGCUCUUCGGCCUCGUCGGCGGCAGCAGCAGCGGCGGCGGCUGCGCAUGCGCCCUUUCUAGCCGGUCCGCACAUGCAGGACAUGCAACGGCAAUCACACUCGGACGAUGACAGCGGCUGUGCGCUGGAGGAAUACACCUGGGUGCCGCCCGGCCUGCGACCGGAUCAGGUUCGUUUGUACUUCUCGCAAAUACCCGACGACAAAGUGCCAUACGUCAACAGUCCCGGCGAGCAAUAUCGUGUGCGACAAUUGCUGCAUCAACUGCCGCCGCAUGAUAACGAGGUUCGUUACUGUCACUCACUGACGGAUGAGGAGCGCAAGGAGCUGCGUCUGUUCUCCACACAGCGCAAGCGUGAUGCACUUGGACGCGGCAACGUGCGACAGCUGAUGAGCGCACGUCCAUGCGAUGGCUGCGACGAGCUGAUUUCCACCGGUGACAUUGCGGUCUUUGCCACGCGCCUUGGCCCCAACGCCAGCUGGCAUCCGGGGUGCUUUACGUGCUGCAUUUGCCGCGAGCUGCUCGUGGAUCUCAUCUACUUUCAUCGCGAUGGCCGCAUCUACUGUGGCCGCCAUCAUGCCGAGACGCUCAAGCCGCGCUGCUCAGCCUGUGAUGAGAUUAUCCUGGCGGAUGAGUGCACCGAGGCCGAGGGACGUGCCUGGCAUAUGAAUCACUUCGCCUGCCACGAGUGCGACAAGCAGCUGGGCGGCCAGCGAUACAUUAUGCGGGAGGGCAAGCCCUACUGUCUGCUCUGCUUCGAUGCGAUGUUCGCCGAGUAUUGUGACUACUGUGGCGAGGCCAUUGGCGUCGAUCAGGGCCAGAUGAGCCACGACGGGCAGCACUGGCAUGCCACCGACGAGUGCUUCUCGUGCAACACCUGCCGCUGCUCGCUGCUGGGUCGCGCAUUCCUGCCGCGCCGUGGCGCCAUCUAUUGUUCGAUUGCCUGCAGCAAGGGUGAGCCGCCCACGCCCUCGGAUAGCUCCGGCACGGGCAUGUACACCACGCCCACGCCGCCGGCGCAGCGCAUCCGGCCGCAACAGACGCGCAUACCCAGCAGCCACGCCUCCAGCUCACCGCCCAUGUCGCCGCAGCAGCAGCAGCAGCACCAGGCGAGCUUCAACCAGGCCAUGUACCAGCUGCAGAGCCAGCAGCUGGCAGCCGGCGUGAGCAUUGGCGAGAUGCCCAAGCAGAGCUACGCCACCUCCGACUCGGAUGCGGGCGUGGUCAAGGAUCUGGAGCAGGCACAUCGCGACUUUCCGGACUACGCCAGCUCGCAGAAUAUGUCGCCCGGCGACUUCCAGCCGAAUCUGAUGCCCAAGCCCAUGGAACUGCAGCGCGAUGGCGUCUACAACUUCAACGAGAUGGCCACCAAUUUGGAUGCCGCUUGGCCGGCCAAGCCGCCCCUGGGCGCCACGCACAGCUACCAGCUGCAGCGGCAGAUGCAACAGGUCACCAAAAUGGACAACUCCAUCACGUCCAGCAUGCCCGAGCUGGGCGUGGCCGGAGCCCAGCACAUGGCACAGCAUUUCGCACAGCAGCUGCCGGCCCCGCCGCUGCACGCCUCCGCUCAGCAAUUCCAUGCCUCGCAGCACGAGUAUGCAGACAUCAUGCAUCCGCCGCCAGUCGGGGAGCUGCCCGAGCUACCUACCCCGAAUCUGAGUGUGGCGUCCACGGCGCUGCCGCCGGAGCUGAUGGGCUCGCCCACGCACUCGGCGGGCGACCGAUCGCUGCAGACGCCCCAGUCCACGCAGUCGGCCACGCAGCCGCCGACGCAUCCCGUUUCGAUCUUGAGCGGCGCCAGCUCCUCCUCGCCCAUGAGCGGAGAGCCGGGCAAGAAGAAGGGCGUGCGCUUCGAGGGCAUACCCGACACGCUGCCCCGCUCGCGCAGCUACUCGGGCAACGGGGCUGGCACCAGCGGAGCUGGAGAACGGGACAGAGACAGGGAUAGAGAGAGAGACAGGGACAGAGAUCGUGAUGGCAAUCGACAGGGACAUGGACAUGGACACGGUUCGAGGCGUCGUCGUCGUCGCAAAUCCUCGAGCCAUCAUCGCAGCGGCAGCGGCCAUCGCUCGCACUCGACCACGCGCGCUGAUACCUAUGCACCGGCCCAGCCGCUGUCCUCCUCCUACCAAGGUCCACCCUCGGUGCUGCAAGUGGCCGAGCAGGAGGCGGCGCACAGAUCGCCGCGCCAGCAGCGCGACCGGGAGCGAGAGCGAGAGCGAGAGCGCGACAGGGAAGAGUCCGAGGAAUCGGAUGUCUGCUCCACCUGCUCAUCCAGUUCGUCCAGCUCCGAGGACUACAUGAUGAUGUACCAGCUGCCACAGAGGCGACACUAUGGCGGCGUGCGCGUCAGCUAUGUGCCCAACGAUGCGCUGGCCUACGAUCGAAAGCGCAAGCCCGCCGACCUGGCUGGCGACAAGGACAAAAACUGCAUCAUCUCGUGAUCCAAGCCGGAGGGCAUUUUAAUUAGCGCUGAUUGCGAGCGCGCGCUUCCUCCUAAUAAAUGAGCUCAGCCCCAAGCACGAAUCGCUAACGAAGCAACAACAGCACCAGCAGCCACCAGGUGGCCAUCAAUUUACAGCACACACA